AUGACUACCGUUGAAAAGAUUAAGGCUAUUGAAGAUGAAAUGGCGAAGACCCAAAAGAACAAAGCCACUUCAUUCCACUUGGGUCAACUAAAGGCUAAAUUAGCCAAACUUAGAAGAGAAUUAUUGACAGAUGGAUCUGGAGGAGGUGGUGGAGGAGCUGGUAUUGGUUUCGAUGUGGCAAGAACUGGUGUGGCCACUAUCGGAUUUGUAGGUUUCCCGUCUGUUGGUAAGUCUACUCUUUUAAAUACGUUAACUGGUACUCAUUCAGAAGCUGCUGCUUAUGAAUUCACAACUUUAACCACAGUCCCUGGGACUAUAAAGUAUAAAGGUGCCAAGAUUCAAAUGCUUGAUUUACCGGGAAUCAUUGAAGGUGCUAAGGACGGUAAAGGUAGAGGUAAACAAGUCAUUGCGGUUGCCAGAUCUGUUAACUUAUUAUUCUUGGUUCUUGAUGUUAACAAACCAUUACAACAUAAAAGGAUAAUUGAGCAUGAAUUAGAAGGUAUGGGAAUUAGAAUCAACAAAGAGCCACCUAAUAUUGUUAUUACUAAGAAGGAGAGAGGUGGUGUUAACAUUACAAACACAGUUCCAUUAACAAAAUUAGACAAUGAUGAAAUCAGGGCUGUCAUGGGUGAAUAUAAGAUUAAUUCUGCCAACAUCGCCUUCCGUUGCGACGCUAGUGUUGAUGACCUUAUCGAUGCUAUAGAAGCCAAGGCUAGAAGAUAUAUCCCAGCCAUUUAUGUAUUGAACAAGAUUGAUUCAUUCUCUAUACAAGAAUUAGAUUUAUUAUAUAAGAUUCCUGAUGCUAUUCCUAUUUCAUCAGGUAAUGGAUGGAACCUUGAUGAUUUGUUGGAAAUGAUGUGGAGCAAGUUGAAGCUUGUUAGAGUUUAUACGAAGCCUAAAGGUAGACUCCCAGAUUUCCUGGAACCGGUUGUGUUGAGAAACGAUCGCAGUACUGUCGAAGAUUUCUGUAACUCAAUUCACAAGUCCUUGGUGGAUGAUUUCAGAAAUGCCUUGGUGUUUGGUACUUCAGUGAAACAUCAACCUCAAGUGGUAGGUUUAGGACAUUGCCUUGAGGAUGAAGAUGUGAUCACUAUAUUGAAGAAAUAA